CUUCCUCCCGCUGCUGCUGCUGGCCGCGCCCGCAUCAGGACCCCUUCGCGUAGCCUGCAGAGCCACCAGCCACCAUGUCCAGCAAAAGGGCCAAGACGAAGACCACCAAGAAGCGCCCUCAGCGCGCCACCUCCAAUGUCUUUGCCAUGUUCGACCAGUCGCAGAUCCAGGAGUUCAAGGAGGCCUUCAAUAUGAUUGACCAGAACAGGGAUGGCUUCAUUGACAAAGAGGACCUGCACGACAUGCUGGCCUCCCUGGGGAAGAACCCAACGGAUGAGUACCUGGAUGCCAUGAUGAACGAGGCUCCAGGGCCCAUCAACUUCACCAUGUUCCUCACCAUGUUUGGGGAGAAGCUGAACGGCACCGACCCCGAGGAUGUCAUCAGGAACGCCUUUGCCUGCUUCGAUGAGGAGGCCACAGGCUUCAUCCAGGAGGACUACCUGCGGGAGCUGCUGACCACCAUGGGCGACAGGUUCACGGACGAGGAGGUGGACGAGCUGUACCGGGAGGCUCCCAUCGACAAGAAGGGCAACUUCAACUACAUCGAGUUCACGCGCAUCCUGAAGCACGGCGCCCGCGACAAGGACGACUGAGCCGCCCCGCGCCGCCCCCGCUUCACAGCCGCCCUCUUUCUCCAGCCUCUGCUCCUGCCAGCCCUCCCUGCAUGCAUUUAGCUUUCUCAGCUCCUGCCUAUCUCAGUCUGUUUAUCAAUUCUGGGCCAUUCCAGGCACCGUUUAUACCACUGUAAUCAGACUGGAAAUGGGGAGAAUCCUGGAGGGGGAGAGGGGGAAAGGAGAUGGGGCCAAAGCUGCUGCCCUGCAGAGCAAUCUCAGCUUUGCUGGGGGAGUGAUUUUUACAGUUUUUGUAAGGGAAAAAAAAC